AAGUUUAUUUGACAUUUCAACUGUACCUAAUCUAAUUCAUUGAUUUUCAUAGAGAUGAUGACAACCUGUUUGUUUCUCAAAUUGAAAAGAAAGAAAUCUAUUGUUUCUUUAUGGUUGACCCACAUUUGCAACAUGAAAAAUGUUUAUCUUUCUGUUUAGCAAAGUUGAAGUUUAAGAGUUUUGGUAUUGUCAUUUUAUUGUCACUAUUACCAGCUUUGUCAGAUUUAUAUGACUAAGAUUUGACAAAAUAUGUAGAUCACAGAUGCUUAGACACAUAUGACAAUGCACUUUUAAUUUUCCUUGAAAAUAAUAUUUUACUUUAAUUUUUGCUACUUUAUGCUUUGAUCUUCUAUACCAGAGCUUAUUAACCAGUAUAACCAUUCUAAAAAACAAGAUUAUUAGAAAAAGAACAUUGUAAACAAACUGGUGUCCGAAAUUGAUCCUUAAUAUUAAGUAGUUAUGUCUGUCGCAGUUACUAAAGUAACUGCAUACGGUAGUCAAAUGUAAAUAAUGCCGAGUCAACACGUUUGAUGACGUCAUUGUGUUUAUUUUCCUCCCAGUAUUUUGUUUAGCAGGUUGUGUCCCUUGGUUUCUGGUCAUCAGUUUUUGUUUUGACUAAUACUCACUCGUUACUAGUGACGUAGCGGACGGUCUGUCGACCUCUUUCCCAUCUUGUAGUCUAGAGACAAGACGUUUUCUUGAGGGAGCUCUGAUUUUCGCCUUGUACUUCAAUACUGGAUAGCCUUAUUGUUGUGUCUUGGUUGAUAUUCGGAUUAUUCUUGAAGUGGAUUAUCUUGACCCCUGUUUAGGGGUCUUAUUUUAGGUUUUAGUUCAGGCUUCAGAUUGGUUCUAGCCUUGGACUAUGGAAUUAAGUUCUCAUCUUAGAGUUCUCUGUCUGAUGUGUGGUGGUACGGCGGAGAGUACCGUUCCAGACUUCGGGUGACUGUAUUCAGACCGGUUGUUGGUUUAUGACGUUCCAGCUUGUGAUGGUAUGGUGACCUGCGCUGUGGACUACUAAUGAAGACUGCUCUAUGUGUAUUGUUAGUUGUUAUUUGGAUAACUACCUAGGCACACUUAGUGCGAUAUUGAAGUUAAGUUAUUGUAUUAUUGGUAUGGAAAUAGCCCAUUACUUGGGAUGAAUUAGAGCCUAUUAUUUUAUAUCACGUAUUUAUAUAUCUUAUUGUAACUCACCUCAUUAUUAUCAUUCCUAUCCACUCAGUGUAUAUAAUUCAUUGCAUUAAAUUCCUAAUUUUAUUUAAAUCAUCAUACACAUGGUUUAUUACUUUAUGCAUAACUGAAUGUGUAUGGUGUGACUGUCGGGCUGAGCUCGGGCCUAAAUUAACUGCAAUACCUAGACACAUUUUCGCAAUAUAAUACAUGAACACAUUAAUUCAUGGUGAUAACUCAUCAAAGACCUGACAAUGUCUAUUUUAGAUAUUAAAAUAUUACUAAAUGCUGUCAAAUACUAAGGGUCUAAUAUUGAAAAUGAAAGCGUGAUGUUAAAGAUAGAUAAAGGUAGUCUAGAUCUUUAAAGAAAUAUUGAUCAUGUUUCACUGCAUUGGCAAUUGACCAAUUUUCCAAUUUGAAACCAUCUUUCCAGGCUUGACAAUCAACCAAUUUUCCAAUUUGAAGCCAACUUUCCAGGCUGUAGGCCAUGUCUGCUGUUAUCAUUAUUAAAAAUAUUUUUGAAUUUGCCAAGAUACUGAGUAGCGCAUCGAGAGAUGAUGUAGAAAAGUGGAAUAAAGCAUCAAUACAAAAUGCUCUUAAUUGGUCUGAAUACUGUGAAGAGAUUUAUAAACAUGUUAUUGGCCAAGAUUUCGAAGAUGAUGUCAACCAGAAGGUAAAUCAGUUGACCUUAUUUCUUGAGCCUGUCUCUUGUAUCAGACUGUCUACUGAAAGUCUUGGCAAAGCCAAGUAUUUACUUGUGGAGACACUUUUGUCAAAUCCCAAAUUCCCAUUGUCUUCCAAAUUUAUUCUACGAGAUAUUAUUCAAGAGAAGUCAGAAUGUGCUUGGAUCCUUCGUAAGUUUGAUGACAGAUGGACCCAGUUGAAAACUUAUUCUCAAGUUUGUCAAGAAGUAUUGAAUGAAACAGAAACUGUUGAAAGAGAUGCAAAUCUGUUGUUUGGAUAUAAAGCUAAGUGUGAAGCCAAAACUUUGAUGCAGCAUUUGGUGGUAUCAAUGAACAGCUCAGAAAAGCUGGAGCGCUUUACUAAGUACUGCAAAUCAUUGUGUGACAAACUGAGUGAGAGCAAUGAAGGAUGGGCUAUUAUUGUUUGUUUGUUCUGCACAAUACAAGACUUAGAUGAAGAAACAAGUGCUAGGCUAACUGAUGUACAAAGAAUUAUUUUAAAUUGGUUCAAAAUGCAGGAUAUAAGCAGCAGCAAGCUGUGGUUGCUGGAUGUAAAGUUGCUUGUACAAGCUUCCUGUGACAACGCUGAUUUCUUUCUAAUGUACCUACAAAUAUUGCUUCUGUGGGCAGACACUUUUACGCCUGUUAUUGACAAAGGAUCUAAUUUCACCUGGAGAUCUUCAUCAGGACAUACAACUGAUUCUCUUACAGAACACUUCAGAAUGUUAUUCCUUGCCCUAUCACCUUCAUAUGAGGAGAGAAAGUGUAAAGCCCUUGAUGCAGUUGUUGACAAAGUCACUUCCACAGAUUUCACAGUUUGGCAUGUCCUGGCACAAUCACUUGUAAACUCUCUCAGAGAUCUAUGAGAUAGUUGCUUCUCGUUUGAUUGGUUAUUUCUCAUUCUACAUUUUCAUUUUCAAUUACUGUGUAGUCAGAGUUAAUCAUUGUGGCUAUUGCUUUAAAUUGUCUGAGAAUUAAAACUAAUGCUUACAUUGUAAUGAAAGUUCUGACAAAAAUAUGAAAUGGUUUUUUCUUGUAACUUAUAUAGAUAAACCUAAAAAAAAAUAUUUUUUUUAUUUUGUGGUAUGCUAUUAGGCCUACAACUUAUGACUUGUUUUAUUAAAAUGAAGAAUUUAAGUAACAUUUUGAGUGCAUUGAUUGAAAACCCAAGACCUUAAAUUUAGGCCUUAUGAAUUAAUAUUUUAAUCAAAAGGAUAAAGGAGUAGAGCACUAAACCCAGGUUUUGAAGUCAGGUGCUUUGUCAUUUUUAACAGUUGGCUGGCACUAGUCUAGUUCAUGGCUAAACAAAGGGAACAUUUUAAAAUGGAUUAAUUGAUCUUGAUAUAACUUAUGUUUCCCUUUUAGGUUUAGAUUUCUUUCUUCCGACUAGAACCUUACUAAAACAGAUAUAGCCAUCUAUCUGUUAUUAGCAAAGUAAAAAAAUGCUAAGAUAACUAGUAACAUUUGCCUCCGUUUCAAUUAACAGCAAGUGUCUAAUGAAAUAUUAUAACUUGACAUGGCAUUUUGAUUUAAUAAAGUGCAAUUUAUUGUAUUUAAAAGCAUCUGUGAUACUACUUAAUAUAAUGUUUAUUUUGUAAAUAAUAAAUAAUGUAUAAGCAUACAUAUCUGUAUUCCUUUUUUUU